GCAUAAUUAUGGCACGAUAGGAGUAAUAUGUGCAACAAAACAAAACAAAUCUAGGAUAAUACCUGCUGUUGUUUUGAUCAAACCAAAGCAAGAUAUUGUCCAUUCACUACCAAACCUGAAAAGGAACACAAUUUGUUAGAUUACUUAUCCAUACUAAAAAUUGGCAAUGGAAAAAAACGGCGUGGAAGCAACUGAACUUGAGAGAAGCACGGCCAUGGGGUCGUCGACGUCUUUUCAAGACUUGAGGAAACGUUCAGAUGAUUAUGACGACGAUGAGGAUGAUGAUGUUGGUCAUGAUGAAGUGGAGUUGCAGUGGGCUGCAAUCGAAAGAUUACCCACUUUCAAGCGGAUUAGAACAUCUUUGUUUGAUCAAAAGUUGUUAAACGCUGGCAAAGAUGAGGUAUUAGGGAAGAAGGUGAUAAAUGUUACUCGGCUUGGAGCAUUGGAACGCCGCGUUUUUAUUGACCAUCUGAUCACCAUAAUCGAUAAGGACAAUCUCAAGCUGUUAAAGAAACUAAAGGAAAGAAUGGCCAGGGUGGGUUUGGAAUUGCCAACAACCGACGUGAGAUUUAAGAAUCUGAAUGUGGAAGCAGAGUGUAAAGUGGUUCAUGGAAAGCCCCAUAUCCCUACUCUUUGGAACACCAUCACAAACAUAUUCUCUGCUAUUACAAACGUUAAUAGAUGUAUGUCUCAACCAAACAAGAUUAAAAUUCUGAACGAUGUGAGCGGCAUCGUCAAGCCUUCCAGGAUGACGCUGUUGCUUGGCCUUCCUGGCUGUGGAAAAACAACUUUUUUGCAGACACUUGCAGGGAAGCAUGACCCGUCUCUCAAGGUCUCAGGGGAAAUCUCUUAUAAUGGUUACAAGCUCAGUGAGUUUGUUCCUCAGAAAACGUCGGCUUAUAUAAAUCAAUAUGACUUGCAUAUUUCUGACAUGACUGUAAGAGAGACAAUUGAUUUCUCAGCACGUUGUCAGGGCAUUGGGAGCAGAGCAGAUAUUUUGAAAGAACUCAGUAGACGGGAGAAGUUCCUUGGGAUCAUCCCUGAACCGGAUUUAGACACCUAUAUGAAGGCAAUUUCAGUAGAAGGAUUAAAAAGAACACUCCAGACAGAUUAUAUAUUAAAGAUCUUAGGACUGGAUAUUUGUGGUGAUACAAUUGUGGGAGAUGCAAUGAGCCGUGGAAUCUCUGGCGGUGAAAAGAAAAGGCUUACGAUAGGAGAAAUGAUGGUUGGUCCAACCAUAGCAUUUUUUAUGGAUGAAAUAUCAACCGGCUUAGAUAGCUCCACCACCUUUCAAAUUGUAACAUGCUUACAACAAUUGGCCCAUGUAAUAGGGGCCACGAUUUUAAUUUCACUUCUUCAACCAACUCCGGAGACCGUUGAUCUCUUUGAUGACAUUAUUCUAAUGGACGAAGGGAAGAUUGUAUACAACGGACCUAAGAGUGAUGUUCAAGAGUUCUUUGAAUAUUGUGGCUUCAAGUGCCCACCACGGAAAGGCCUCGCCGACUUCCUACUAGAAGUACUCUCCCAAAAAGAUCAAGCACAAUACUGGUUUCACAGGGACCAACCUCAUAGUUAUGUUUCUACUGACAAAUUCAUAGCUGCAUUCAAGGAGUUCCUUGCUGGACAGAGACUAAAUGAAGAACUCUAUGCACCCUUCAAAAUAACCGAGGAUCACAAGAAUGCUUUGUCAUUUAAUAUCUAUUCUUUUGAAAAAUGGGAAUUAUUCAAAGCAUGCUUGACUAGGGAAUGGCUUCUUACCAAGCGUAACUCGUUUCUGUAUAUGUUCAGAUCAGCACAGCUUGUUUCCUUGUCAUUGAUAGUUGUGACACUUUUUAUACGCACUCAAAUGAAGAUCGAUGAGUUCCAUGCAAGAAAGUACAUGGCUUGCUUAUUUUUUGGUCUUUUGAGAAUUUUGACAAGUGGAGUUCCAGAGCUGGCACUUACUAGUUCUAGGCUUGGCAUAUUCUAUAAGCAAAGAGAUUUAUAUUUCUAUCCUGCAUGGGCUUAUUCAAUUCCUUCAGCUAUUUUAAGGAUUCCAUUUUCAUUUUUGGAUACUUUUAUUUGGACAUCUCUUAUAUAUUUUGGGGUUGGCUACAGUCCAGAACCAGAAAGGUUCUUCCGUCAGCUUUUCAUCCAGUUCCUUCUCCAUCAAGUGGGAACCUCAAUUUUCCGUUUGAUUGCUGUUGUAAUUCAAACACCUCCUGUAGCUGCAAUUUUUUGUCAGUUUACAGUGAUGGCAACAUUAUUAUCCAGUGGCUUCAUAGUACCCUUACCAUCAAUGCCUUCUUGGAUAAAGUGGUGCUUUUGGAUUUCUCCUCUCUCCCAUACGGAUAUAGGAAUCUCAGUGAACGAAUUUCUGUCUCCAAGGUGGCAAAAGGUUUCAUCUUUAAAUGAGACUUUGGGGCAUCGAGCUCUACUAAAACGUGGACUAAACUUCAAUAAAUCCUCCUACUGGAUAUCAGUUUCAACUUUGAUAGGAAUGUGGGUUCUUGCUAACAUUGGAUUCACCUUAGCCCUUAGUUAUUCAAAGCCUCCAGGGACUGGGAGAUCUCGAGCUAUUGUUUCUCAUAAAAGGUUCUCUUAUCUGAAAAGAAAAGAAGAUUUAAGCAAUUCCAUGCAAGAUGACCAAUUACAAGGAGCUCAUACAACAACAGAAGUUACAAGGAUGGUUUUACCUUUUGUGCCCGUUACACUCUCAUUUGAUAAUGUGCAUUACUUUGUGGAUACUCCCAAGAAAUUUCAAGUCCCAAAUAAGAAGCUCCAUCUUCUUCAAGAUAUUUCUGGUGCAUUUAGACCUGGAGUUCUUACAGCAUUGAUGGGUUCCAGUGGAGCUGGCAAGACGACAUUGAUGGAUGUUCUAUCUGGAAGAAAAACUGGAGGUUAUAUUGAAGGGGAUAUAAGAGUUGGAGGAUACCCCAAAGUCCGAGAGGCAUAUGCUAGAGUCUUUGGGUACUGCGAGCAAACUGACGUACACUCUCCACAAAUAACAGUAAAGGAAUCGGUGAUGUACUCAGCUUGGUUACGCCUUCCAGCAGAGAUUCCUAAGCAUAUAAGAUUGGAAUUCAUGAAAGAGGUUCUUCAACUUAUUGAGCUUGAUGAAAUCAAAGAUGCUUUAGUUGGCACAUGUGGUGUUAGUGGUAUAUCCACAGAGCAACGCAAACGACUUACUAUAGCAGUAGAGCUUGUUUCUAAUCCAUCCAUAAUAUUUAUGGAUGAACCAACCACCGGUUUAGAUGCUAGAGCGGCUGUCGCUGUCAUGCGAGUGGUAAAGAAUAUAGUUAGUACCAAGAGGACUGUUGUAUGUACCAUUCAUCAGCCAAGUAUAGACAUAUUUGAAGCAUUCAAUGAGAUUAUUUUGAUGAAAAGAGGAGGGCAAAUAAUAUAUUCUGGAGAGCUAGGUCAAAAUUCUUGUAAUCUUAUUGAAUAUUUUGAGGGAAUACCAGGGGUGUCGAAAAUAAAAGAAAACUACAAUCCAGCAACAUGGAUGUUAGAGGUCACAAAUCCUUCUGUUGAAGCUGAACUUGGAGUGGAUUUUGCCCAUCUAUACAAAGAAUCUCAUCUAUAUCAGAGAAACAAAAAAUUAGUCAAUGAGCUAAGAGUUCCAACACAGGGUUUAGAGGAACUACAUUUUACUACACACUUUUCACAAAAUAGAUGGGAACAAUUCAAAACAUGCCUCUGGAAACAACAUUUGUCUUAUUGGAGAAACCCCACAUAUAACUUGGGGCGCUUGAUUUUAGCCAUGGUAUCAUCUUUGUUAUAUGGAGCGCUUCUUUGGAAUAAAGGGCAAAAAGUAGAUAAAGACCAGGAUUUGUUCAACAUAAUGGGAUCAGUAUAUGUUUUCACGAUUUCUAUUGGAGCAAGCAACUUGCUUUCAAUUCUUCCAAUCGUAACUAGUCAACGGACUAUCAUGUACCGGGAAAGGUUUGCUGGAAUGUACCCAUCCAAAGCACAUUCAUUAGCACAGGUUAUAAUUGAAAUACCAUAUAUCUUCCUUGAAGCAACUUUGUUCUUGAUCAUUUCAUAUCCAGCAGUCAACUUGUAUGAAUCAGCUUACAAAGUAUCUUGGUAUUUCUAUGACAUUUUUUGUACAUUGCUCAACUACAAAUACAUGGGCAUGGCUAUUGCUUCUUUGUCUUCAACUUACCAAAUGGCCUCAAUAUGUGGAAGUUUUUGUAUCACGGUGGUGAAUUUGUUCUCUGGAUUUCUCAUACCACAACCUAUGUUGCCAAAAUGGUGGGUUUGGUUUUAUUGGAUCAUUCCAACUUCUUGGACAUUAAGAGGUCUCAUCACGUCCCAAUAUGGAGAUAUAAAUCGAGAAAUCAUAGCAUUUGGAAAGCGUAAAACUAUCACCGCCUUCUUAAAAAGCCAUUAUGGAUUCAAGCAUGAGGAUAUGCUUCUUACAGCUAUUUUACUACUUGCUUACCCAAUUUUCUUUGCCUCUAUUUUUACAUUUUUUACGGCUAAGCUUAACUUUCAAAGGAGGUGAAUCGUAACUAGGUUAAAAUAAAUUUUAUUAUGUAUAAUAAUUAACUCAUCAAGAUUUUCACCGCAACUUAGCAAAAUCCUUAUUUUAAGCCAUUAAACAUUA